AUGGUCGACUACUACACCAAAUGGGCAGAGGUCUAUGCCAUACCUAAUAAGAGUGCUGAGGUGGUCACCCAGUGCAUCAUUAAGUUCUUUUACAGGUUUGGUGCACCACAACGCAUCCUCACAGAUCAGGGCAGUGAGUUUGUGAAUGAGCAAAUUGAUAAAAACAGCGAACAAGUCCUCUACCAAGCAAAGAAGAGUCAACACCUGCUCUACACAAAACUACUGGACAAUGGACAUGCAAGGCUACCCUCAGGUAAAGAUGAACACCAGCCGGGCUUCAACCACAGCCAACCGGGCUUCAACCACGGCCGGCCAGGCUUCAACCACAGCCAGCCGGGCUUCAACCACAGCCAGCCGGGCUUCAACCACAGCCAGCCGGGCUUCAACCACAGCCAGCCGGGCUUCAACCACAGCCAGCCGGGCUUCAACCACAGCCAGCCGGGCUACAACCACAGCCAGCCGGGCUUCAACCACAGCCAGCCGGGCUUCAACCACAGCCAGCCGGGCUACAACCACAGCCAGCCGGGCUACAACCACAGCCAACCGGGCUACAACCCCGGCAAACCGGGCUUCAACCACAGCCAGCCAGGCUACAACCACAGCCAGCCGGGCUACAACCACAGCCAACCGGGCUUCAACCACAGCCAGCCGGGCUUCAACCAAAGCCAGCCGGGCUACAACCACAGCCAACCAGGCUUCAACCACAGCCAGCCGGGCUACAACCACAGCCAACCGGGCUUCAACCACAGCCAACCGGACUUCAACCACAGUCAACCGGGCUACAACCACAGCCAGCUGGGCUACAACCACAGCCAGCCGGGCUACAACCACGGCCAGCCGGGCUACAACCACGGCCAGCCGGGCUACAACCACGGCCAGCCGGGCCACAACCACGGCCAGCCGGGCUACAACCACGGCCAGCCGGGCUACAACCACGGCCAGCCGGGCUACAACCACAGAGAGCCGGGCUUCAACCACAGCCAGCCGGGCAACAACCACAGCCAGCCGGGCUUCAACCACAGGCAGCCGGGCUACAACCACGGCCAACCGGACUUCAACCACAGCCAGCCGGGCUACAACCACGGCCAGCCGGGCAACAACCACAGCAAAAGGUCUACACAGUGGUGACUCAGUCUGCCGUGCAGUCUGAUACGCAUGUUGACCGACAGCUUCCUGGUAUCGAAGGUAACAAUCCAAUAGCAAAGUGUAACAUUAACUCAAAUAAAAAGCUACGUGUGGCCAGAGGGCUAAGGGAUGUAAAUGGGAAAUAAAUCAUUAAUCAGGCAAUCACAAAACACAGGAAGUGGAAAGUCUUUCAAACUGUCAACCACUCCAGAAUAAUAUGGGAUCCCAAAGUUAAACCUAAGGGUUUAUUUGGUGGUCAUCUUAACAUAAGAAGUAUUGUAUCGAAAAGUGACCAAAUCCAGCAUCUACUAAUGGAAUCAAAUUUAGAUUUCCUCUGUCUAUCUGAAACCUGGCUACAUGAAAACUCACCAACUGCAGCACUAAACAUACCAGGCUAUCAAAUGUAUAGAAGAGAUAGGGUGAAAUCAAAGGGAGGCGGGGUUAUGGUCUAUCUGAAGGAUUGUAUCCAAUGUAAUGAAUUACUGCUGUCAAACUGUGAUUUGGAAUGUAUUGGCUUGAAUAUCACUCUAUCACCACAAAUGUCUUUUAUUCUUAUUGUAAUGUAUCGCCCACCCUCCUCAAAUAAUGAUUUUUAUGAAAAAUUCCAAAACAUGCUCAAGGAAUGUCAUUUUAAGAAAGAGGUGAUAAUAAUGGGAGAUUUUAAUGUAAAUUGGGAAGAUAGAUCAAUUAGAAAGAACCUCAAACAAAUAACCGAUGGGCUAGAUCUCUCACAGCUGAUUAAAGGUCCAACAAGAAUAACCCAAUCCACCAGAACUCAGAUUGAUUUAGUGUUCAGUAACAGACCGGAGAGAACCUCAAAAACGUACAACAUGAUAACUGGGCUAUCUGACCACAAUCUAACUCUUGUGGUCAGAAAGUUAACAAAAAAGAGAUUUUGCUCCUCUACUAAGGAACAUGAAAGCAUUAGAAUCCCCAAGAACAAGAGUCUUUUAAAAACACUAUUCAUAGUUUUAACUGGAAUGAUCUGUUAUUUGGAAAAAACCUGAGUGAGGGCAGUCAAAUAUUCUCAAGUAAAAUUCAGAGUAUAAUUGCAGAAUUUUCCCGUAGCAUUAGGAGUAGGAAUAAAAAGAACAGUCUUCCCUGGAUAAAUGCAGACAUUUUUAAACUAAUGAAAGAACGUGAUCUUGCAUUAAAAAAGGCCAUUAGAACAAAAUUUUAUCAUGACAAAUAUCACUUUGCCAUGUUAAGAAAUAAAGUGAUAACAGGUCUGAGGAAAGCUAGGGCCGAUUUCUUUAUUGCUAUAAUUAGUGAGGCACGGGAUAAUCCGAAAGUAAUAUGGACUCAGUUAAAAAAACUCAUGGGACAACAUCAUAGCGCAGGAAGGUCAAUUGAACUUGACUUGAAUGGAAAGCUGACCAAGGACCCAUCUGAAGUAGCAGUAGCUCUUAAUCGAUACUUUGUUGAUUCUGUAGCAACUAUUGCAAAGGGCUUCUUGACUGAUCAUGUUAAUGUGUCUUCAGUAAACACAAUGGAGCCAGCCUUCAGUAUAAACACUGUCUCAGAAAUAAAAAUCACAGGUAUUAUUAGAUCUCUCAAACCCUCAAAAGCUAAAGAUUCAUUUGGUAUGGACUCAACGAUGCUUAAAGAUAUCGGUUCAUCAUUAGCCAAUCCCAUCACUAAAAUUGUUAAUCUUUCAAUAUCCCAAGGGCAGUUUCCAAGUAUUUGGAAAUCUGCAAUUGUCACGCCAAUUUUCAAAUCUGGUGAUCAUCAUUCCGCCUGUAACUAUAGGCCGAUCAGCAUCCUCCCUAUAAUGUCUAAAGUAGCAGAAAAGUGUGUAGCUGAGCAAAUCAUACACCACCUGAACAACAGCUCAUUCCCCCUUCAUCCAAUGCAAAUUGGCUUCAGAUCCAACCACUCAACCGAGACGGCUAAUUGUUUUUUCAUUGAGAAAAUUAAAUCACUGUUGGAUAAGCGUGGCGUUGUCGGUGCUGUCUUUCUUGAUCUCCGCAAAGCAUUUGACACUGUGAAUCACAAGGUUCUAUUAUCCAAGUUAUCCAAUUUUAAUUUUUCUGUUGAGGCACGUCAAUGGGUUGAAUCAUACCUUUUUAACCGAACUCAAACUGUUCGAAUAAAUAACCAGCAAUCUGACACCCUCUCCUUGUCCACUGGUGUCCCACAGGGAUCCAUACUGGGUCCACUUUUAUUUUGUUUGUAUAUCAACGACUUGCCGUCUGUGUGUCCAGAGGCCCACAUUCAAAUGUAUGCUGAUGAUACUGUGCUGUAUGUGCAUGGAUUGACAAAAACCGAAGUUGCUGCCAAACUCACAAAGGCCAUGCUGAAAAUUACAGCAUGGCUCAAUCAGUGCUGUCUCCAACUAAAUGUGUCUAAGACUGUUGGUAUGUUCUUCUCCAAAACAAAUGACUGUAGUGAAAACCCAGAUGUUCUUGUGUCAGGAGAAAAAUUAGAAAUUGUUAAGGAAUUUAAAUACCUUGGCAUUAUUCUGGACUCCAACUUUAAUUUCAGGGCACAUGUAAAAACUGUCUGCAAAAGGAUCAAAUUCAAUCUUGCCAAUUUCAAAUUUAUACGAAACUCUGUCCACCCAGGCAGCCAUGAUGUACAUGCAUUCAAUGAUAUUCUCUCACAUGAGCUACUGUCUGACGAGCUGGUCUCAGGCUAAUCACACAACACUAAAACCACUACAGUCUUUGUAUAAACAAACACUGAAAGUUCUGGACAAAAAACCAAGGCAAUUCCAUCACUGUGCAAUUUUAAGAAAACACAAUCUAGUGAGCUGGGAAAACAUGAUUAAGCACAAAAAUGCAUGUCUCUUUUACAAAAUCAUACAUGGCAUGGCCCCUCCUCCACUUAGAGAAUUUGUAACUAUUAGAACAAACCAACAUCGGAUCACAAGAGGAGUCAUGAGAGGGGACUGCAUUAUUCCAUUUAGGAAAAGUACCUUUAGUCAGUCAGCCUUCUCUGUUGCAGCCUCACGUGAAUGGAAUAACAUCCCAACAUGUAUCAGAGACCUAAACACAUAUCGGUCAUUUAGUUCUAAUCUGAAACAGUGGCUGAUUGAUAAUAUGAUCUGCCAGCACUAAACUUGACCCGCCUGCUCUUGCCUCCUUGUGUCAGCGUGUCUGUGAAUUUGUCCUGCAACUUACUUUGCAUGCUUGCUUGUUUGUAUGCUUUUUGUAGCUCGUUCUAUGUCUCUCCUGUGCUGCUUCAUGUACUAUUGUCAUGUCGACUUUUUGUUAGUUUGUUGUGCAUGUACUGUCUGCUUUGGUGGGCUACUGCCUCGAUGUCUAACACAUAUAGAUGUCCUCUAUAAGUCCUAGUCUACCUUUUCAAUUUGUGUUUGUUUGAUGCUGACUCUUGUUUGUCCUGCAUGCUUCAUGUAUUUUAAUGCUUGAACUACUGAAUACUUGUAUGUGGUUAUAAUUAAUGUUUUAUCUGUUGCUUUUCUAUGUUCUUUUUUAAACUCUUUCUGUUAUUUGCUUAUUUGCUUUUUAGGGAGCCUAUUGUUACAUCUGGCCAAGGACUGCAGAUGGAAACUAACCUUCUGGCUAAAUCUGGCAUAUUUACAGAAAUGUCUAUUAAUAUGCACUGUCCCUGUCAAAAAUAAACAAACCUACCUAUUGGUGACAUUUUAAAAAUCAUAAUGACUGACAAUUAUUUCCUUGUGCCUAUACAGAGCAUUGUGUAAACUUGUGAAGGACAAGCACAUGGGACCACUACUUAGAUGCCGUAAUGUUUGGCUUGCGAACAAAGGCGCACCUCACCACCGGGUUCUCCCCUUUUUUUCCUCAUGUUUGGCAUGGAGGCACGUUACCCAUGCGAAGUGGCAGAGGAUUUCACGGUGGACAGCUCAGUGGAGGACGUUGUGGCCAAUUCAGUGGUGUCUUCAGGCAUUGCCCUGAAAGAGAGAAUGGAUGCCUUGGUUCAGCUCAACAUUCUGAAAAAACAGGGCAAAAGUCAGAAAAUAAGAGGCAGGUCUGCCUUUUCUGUUGGCCAGAGGGUUCUGCGGAAGAACAUCCGCAUGUAGCAGAGGAAAGGGGGGAAAUUGGAGCGCACCUGGCUGGGACCAUAUAUAAUAACAAAAUUGGAGAACAAGAGUGCAGACUUGCAGGACGACAUGGGAAGGCAACAUCCCAAAAUCAAUACAGACCACCUCAAACCCUUCACAGAUCCCACCCCUCGAAUCCCUCACAGAAUACAACCAACUCCGCAUGAUGAAAAAAACACUCAUUGACACUAUCCCCUCACCACAUUCACCAGCCCCUCUUGACCUCUCCUAUCACCCCACUGCCUGCCAAUCACCACCUACUCCAACCUCUCUCCAAUUAGCUUCACCCACACAGUCUCUGGCCACCAGCAGCACACAAGACCUGGUAAUCCAAGAGGAUGACGUUGUGCGCAGCCGUAAGUGAUACAUACCCGACAAUGGCCUUUAUUAAAAAACGCUGUUUGUUAAGGUUCCUUUGUGUUACAGGCAUCAUGGACGCAUGGAAGGGCAAUAAAAGCCAUGUCAUUCUCUCCAGAGUGGGGGCCUACAAGGUCUUUUAUCAAGACGUUUUCCAGAUGGGCCCUGGACAAGAGUUGGAGAGUGAGGUGCAUAUUCUUUGAUUUUCAAAGGCAUUAUGGCUUCACCUACAAAGUAUUAAUCCUUUUUAAUGUUGAUGUAGGUAAUAAAUGCAUAUCUCAAUAUAAUGGUGAAGCAGCAUGGGGCAUCAAAGGCCUACCACGUGGACACAUUUGCCAUGACUGCCAUGUGGCAGAAAAGAAAUCAAAAACUGAAGCUGGAUGCCUCGGCCUAUAAAUGCCUUCUAGGCAUUGUGAACGACUGCCAGCAUUGGUUUCUUGUUGCCAUGUAUCCAUCAGAGAAAAGAUGCAUUCUUGCUGACUCUCUAGGAGAGUCGCCAGCAAAAAAAAAAAAUGUUUGGAGACAACAAGGUAAACUAGCCUAUAUUUUAUAUUUUCCCACACCAGUGACAUUUGGUCACAUUGUUCAUCUGUAACUGAAUUGUAUACUAGUAACAACUUAACUAACUUUUCUUUAGAGCACUGAUGAGAAAACUAGGUGUCAAUGUGUCAGAUUGGAAAUGUGACACUGUGGCUCAUCCACUCCAAGAGGACACCACAUCUUGUGGAGUGUUUGCUUUAAAAGUAGGCCGAGGCUAUGUGACAUGGCAAAAAUUACAUAUCGAUAUGCUAUCUAUCACGUAUUGGGGGAGCUGUGAAUUAUGGGCUCAAUCUCACACUUUCAGUUUGCUGAACACCUCCUGGAAGGGUCAGGCUCUCUACAAUUCCCAACAUCCAACAUAGAUGACCUGAGGAGGGAAAUCGCCACCACCAUCCUGACUGGAUCUGAUGACUUGAGUGACUUGUGUCAUUUCUGUGGGGAGGAAGACACCUUUGAUAAUACGGAAAACGUUACUUGGAUUGCGUGUGAUGCCUGUUCGAGGUGGUUUCACACAGGCUGUGUCGGAAAUCCAGCCAUGGAGGGCAAUUAUGCAUGCUAUGCAUGCCUACAUGCCUGCAUCCAUUAAAUAGCCUACGAGGGCUGGGCAAGUUGGCGCCCAAUUAUGCGUUGACGCAAUCUUGUUUUUGUUUUACAAAUGGACGCACUAAGGCGUGUUAUUAUUUUUUUAAGGCCUACUUUGAUUUGGAAAAGGUUUUGCCCACAGAAUGUCAACAUUCUUUUUUGUUUUGGACAGCCUGUUUACAAUUCCCAAAUCUGAGGCGCUACUUAUUUGGAUUGAACUACACUUGUAGUUACUGUUGGUUUGCAGUUGCAGUAAGUGACAAUGCCUGUUUACAAUUCCCAAAUCUGUGGUGUUCCGUAAAUAUCCUAUUCAAACCACACUGGGUGAGUCAAUGAAACUCCCUCAAGAUCACUUGGUCAAGGUAUUGCCAAGUAUUGGUAUAAAUUAUAAUGUCAUUCAAUUUGAUAUCUCAUUCAACUUAAAUUGGAGCGGAUAAAAGUGUGAUUAAUCGUGAGUUGUCUCACCAAACGAUGCGAUUAAAACUUGUAAUCUUUGUCCAGCCAUAAUAAAUACAUUAUUGAUGGAGAUGGUUUCCCCUAUUUUUGUCCUUGAAUCGUAUUCCUUUGCAAAGAUUGACAAUGAAUGGUCUUACAAACACCUUCAUGAAUAAUGCCUGUGUGUUAUAGUUGUGUUGUGACGCUAAAAUCAACGUAGCAGACUAGUAGACUACUGCCGCACAGCCUGGUGUGAGGUUUGUCCCAUUUCGCUUUCCGUACAUCCAGCUGUUUUCGACUUGCUUUUCUUCCUCAAUUACGUACGGUAACAUAGCAACUACGCACGGCUCAUCGGUAAAUCAGCGUAAGGGGGAACAGGAACUGGGGGGGAACCAAAUCGGGUGCCACACCGGUCGAAGC